UGCUUUGCUUCUCAACGUUCUUCUUCUUCCUCCUUCCUUCUUCUGAAACCUUAAUUCCGGACAAUUCUUGAAGCUUCUUCUUCGCUGAGCCAUGUCCGCGAACGGUUCUCUGGAGCAGAGGAAGCAGAGCAACCGAUCGUCGAUCGUCGGAAACGGGAACGGCGUCGUUUCCGGGAGCUUCGGACACUACGCGACGAGCAGGCUGAGGCUGAACCCUAACAAGGAUCACACGCCGGAGAGCUACGACGAUCUCCAGCUGGAUUUCAGCCCUCUUCUUUUCAAGUCGCUCGAGCAGUACCUUCCUCCUCCAAUGCUCGGCGUCUCGCGCGACUCCAAGCUCCACUACAUGAGGGACAUUCUGCUCCGCUACUCCCCCGAGGGCGAACGCAUUCGUGUGCAAAGGCAUAGAGAAUACAGGCAGAGGAUCAUGUCAAAUUACCGGCCUUUGCAUAAGGAGCUCUAUACUAUGCAAGCUUCAAACUUCUUUGUACCUUCAUUUCUCAAAGCAAUUACUGAAAAUAUGGAGGAGAGCUUUAAGAGUAUAACGACUGAACUCACUCCAGGAGUUUAUUCCUUUGAGAUGCUUCAACCGCAUUUUUGUGAAUUGUUGUUAUCUGAGGUCGAUAAUUUUGAAAGAUGGGUUCAUGAUUCAAAGUUCAGAAUCAUGAGACCAAACACAAUGAACAAAUAUGGUGCUGUCCUUGAUGACUUUGGCCUGGAGACCAUGCUUGAUAAGUUAAUGGAUGACUUUGUACGACCUCUGUCUAGAGUUUUCUUUUGUGACGUUGGUGGAUCCACAUUGGACUCACAUCAUGGUUUUGUCGUUGAAUAUGGAAUAGACAGGGAUGUCGAGCUCGGCUUCCAUGUGGAUGACUCUGAAGUUACCUUGAAUGUUUGUUUGGGCACAAAAUUCUCUGGUGGAGAAUUGUUUUUCCGAGGUGUCCGAUGUGAUAAGCAUGUCAACUCAGAGACCCAGCUAGAUGAAAUUUUGGACUAUUCUCAUGUUCCGGGCCGUGCGGUUCUUCAUCGUGGUCGCCAUCGGCACGGUGCUAGAGCCACAACAUCAGGGCACCGAGUGAACUUGCUUUUAUGGUGUAGAAGUUCGGUCUUCAGAGAACUGAGGAAAUAUCAGAAAGAUUGUUCUAACUGGUGUGGAGACUGCAAACGUCAGAAGAAAGAAAGGCAGCGUCAAUCGAUUAAUGCAACCAAACUGGAAUUACUAAAGAGGGAUGGAAAAUCUACUUCUUGAGCUGAUUUAUACAUGAGUUUUGUUUGUGGAGUUGUAAAUUUGCAAGAGCCCAUCCUUGAAAAGUCGACACGUGGUCUUUUCUUUUCUAUUUUUUUAUAUCUUUUUGUUGCUUGAGGUCCAAUAUUGCCUUUUAGCUAGUAUUCCUAUGGGGGAAUAUAUGAAGGUUGGCAGGUGUUGUAUGUCUCUACCGCUGAUCCAUCUCAUAAGUUAGCUGUACAAUAAGACAUAUUCUCAACUAAAUGCGAUUCUGAUUCUGUCCUGCUAAUGAGCU